GCAUGCAUUGUGGACUAAGUCGAUAUCAAACAUUUCGUGGUAUCUGAGGCCUGUAGAUGAUACCUCUAAGUGGGUGAGCUGGUUAAAAGGGGCUGAAAGGAGAGGAACUAACCCUGUGGCAUUAGUUCUUCCGGUGGAGAAGGAGGUAGCGCCUCCUGAAGGCGGUUACAGCGGUUACAGUUCGACGUGCUCGAUGAUAGGGCGGUGAUCUGGCAGCCCUAUAUGGCCGCCGCCGUGCAUGCAAGGUACCCCGGCGGGAUCUCUAACCUCUGCUAUAGAGAUUGUGCGUACUGGAUGACACAGUCGAAGAUCAUCUUCGAUGUGUCCGUUGAGAUAAUGUCCCAGCAGAGGAUCAUGAGGCAGUUCGGCUCUCGGCAGCUGGUCGAUCCUCCACCACCGAUAGCGCCUCUCCCUGCCUACGUCCACAAGUACAAUAGGAAGGGUACUAGCCACUCCUCGACAUGGUGGCUUCAGCGCGUUGGCUCGUAUGUUGCUGAGUGGGAUGGCGCGACAACACACGUCUGGCCGAACGAUGAGCAGUUUGACCCACAGGAGUUUGACGCAUAUCUGCAGAGGUACACUGCAGCCACGCGAGUGCGCCUCAUCCAGCCGACUGAUCCAGCUGAGGCGCCACCUGCGUCUAUGCACGAUAUGUACCCGAUUCAGUCCACAGCCGGUAGUCGACAGCAUGCGGGUCAGCUGACUGCAGACUUACAGGAUGAAGUCGCUCGGUACACACGUCAAGUGUCCAGUGCGCCUCUUCUGCAGCGUGACCAACAUGUGUCAUGGUUGAGACGACUCGAGGACAAGCUACGCGGGAUCUACUCGGCUAUCACGUGCAGCCGUAGUUCCGACGUCGUUCAGCACCACCUCCUUCCACCGCGACCCUCCACACAGCAGCAGCGACGGCCACAUCUCACACCGACCGUGACACCCAGACCACCGCCUCCUGGCCGGGCAGGAGGUUCGUCGUGGCAGCAGCACACUCCUUCCGUCGACGACUAUCAGUACCAGCAACACGGAUCACGGCCUCGUCUCACGCCGACGGCGACACCCAGACCACCACCUCCUGACCAGGCAGGAGGUUCGUCGUGGCAGCAACAUCACACUCCUUCCUUCGACGACUUGCAGUACUAUCAGCAGCAAGCUGCUUUCGACCAGUGGCAGCAGCAGCAAGCCCCUUUCAUGGGAGGAGCAGGAUACACACAGGGAUACACGCAGCACACUGCGUCCAAUCCUUCAUGGGGAGCUAGUGAUCAGGAUCCUGAGCACAUGGAGUAUUACAGCACACAGCAGAACUAUGUCGGUAUGCAGACUCCUCCACCAGAGCCCACACAGGAGACACAGUACGACCCCGAGUCCGGUUCCUGGAUCCCUGCUCGCAUAACCAGGGCUCCGGACAGGUUCGGUUGGACACCCCGUGCUACGCCGCCCCCACGAAACCCUAGACGCCGUCCAUAAUCUCAGAUAUUUAUGUAUGCUAUGUAUCAGAUAUUUAUGUAUGCAUUAUGUAUCAGACUUUAUGUAUGAACUAUUUAUGUAUGAACUAUGUAUCAGUACUCUCCUAACCCUAAGCGUGUCG